CUGGAGAUAUUACUGCAGUUAUUCUGACGCUUACUUGAUCAAAAUCAGUCAAGAUUUGACUCGUGAAGCUCGAGCUGAAGCUGGACAUUUGUACAAUUACACUAAAAGAGCCAAUCAGACGACAGAAGGUGUGGAGACUUAGAGCGAUGGACUGGCUGUUUGGCAGGAUUUCCUGGCAGAAGGAUGAUCUGUCGAUUAUAAUAUCGUUCGAUUAACACAUGUUGCACCGGAGCAACCCACAUCCAUUCAGGAUUCUGUCUUUGAAUUAACAAGAUCUAAAACUCAGUUUUCCGGCCAGUAUUUGUGUUUUUAUGCGUCUUUAUGUCCUGAGCCGUGGUCCAUCUUUGCAAAGUCAUGGAGUCCAACAUGGAGUACAUAGUGGCGCAGGUCACGCAGAAAGAGGUCGGACGUCGGUUUCAAGUGGGGCCGGAAAUCAUAGACUACAUCCUGGACAGACAGAAGUCACAUGACCUGGAGCAUGAUCAGAGCAUGCUGGACAGGAUGGUGGACAGUCUGGCAACCACAUGGGUCAACGCGAGCAAUUUCAAGGUGGCUCUGCUGGGAAUGGACAUAGUGUCUGCUUUAGUGACCAGAUUACAGGAGCGCUUCAGAACACAGAUAGGAACAGUUCUGCCCAGUUUAAUCGAUCGUUUAGGGGACUCUAAGGACCAGGUUCGAGAUCAAGCGCAGUCUCUUCUGUUAAAAACCAUGGAGCAAGCGGCCAGUCCACAGUAUGUUUGGGACCGAAUGUUGGCCGGAUUCAGACAUAAAAACAGCCGGACCAGAGAAGCUGUUUGCUUUUGCCUUAUUUCCACUCUUAAUGUGUUGAAUGUGAUUUUCAGCAGGUUUGAUGAAGUUCAGAGGUCUGGGAACAUGAUCCUGUCCUCAGUUUGUAGGUUGCUGCGAAUGGCCUGA